GGAAUACAAAACUUAUUAUCAUCUUCUGACUAGAUUUUUAAGCAAAUCCUUUAAAUGGAUAAUUUGCAGCUGGAACACACUUUGUCUCUAAGUCGCGUCCAGCCAUUCGAACGUAAUUUCAGAGUUUUUUGUAAACACAUCUUCGUUAGUGACUGGACAGUGAAUCUAGCAAUUUUUGAGAGUUUUAUGUACAGAUCGGUAAAUCUAGAAACACAUUAUGGGGGGCAGCGAUAUGCAGUUCUGCCUGCGGUGGAACAAUUUUGGCACCACCAUGACCGCAGCACUUCACACACUACACGAGGGCGGGGAUUUUGUUGAUGUCACACUUGCUGCUGAUGGAAUGCAGUUAAAAGCGCACAAGCUGAUUCUUUCAGCUUGUAGUCCCUACUUCAGAGAUAUAUUAAAGAAUAAUCCAUGUCAACACCCGGUGAUAAUUCUCCGAGAAGUGCCCAUAGAAGACUUGGAAGCAGUAUUGGCAUUUAUGUAUGAAGGUCAGGUCAAUGUAUCCCAAACACGGCUUCACACAUUCAUGAAGCUGGCUGAGGCGCUUCAAGUGCGUGGUCUGACAGAUACACAGAAUACCAGAGCACGGAUGGAAAAGGAAGUAUAUCAAAAUUUAGUGCCGACUACAGAAGUAGGAAAUGGCUCCAAUCCAGUUGUGGCGGCAGCAGCUGCAGCAGCAGUGGCCGCAGCAGUGAGCAGUGCAAUAACCAUUCCUGUUGUCUCCCAGUGUACAACACAGGCACCACAGACGAGAUCACGGGCUCAUGAAUCGCCACCACCAUCUUCUAAGCGGAGAAGAUUAUCCCCAGCCCAUGAAAGAAAUUCACCUUUACAUAAUGAAGAAGACAAUAGUUUAGAUGAACAUGCAGACAUUAAAAGAGAUAUUCGUAACUUACUAGAAGUAAAGAUGGAGCCAGAUGAAUAUCCAGAAGGAGUAGAUCCAGACGAUGAGAAUGACCAGCCUCCACCACCGCCACCAGAGGUCAGCUUCAUGGAACAACAACCAGAGGUUGUAAGAAAUGUGGGAGGCUCAACAUCCUCUGUGAAUCUACCCACAAUCUUCCUACCUCAGCACACGUCUAGUGAGAAGCCCAGUCACAACAUCUUACCACGACGUAACUCCCACGAGAGAACAUCUGCUGUCAACCUUCAACCAGAAUUUCCUCAAGACCCAUCUUGCCAAAACCUGCCAUAUCCGUGCCCAUUCUGUGAAAAGGCAUACACUUCAUGGGGCUUCAGAAGGCGGCAUAUUAAGGGAUAUCACACGUCAUCCCCAGAGCUACCGUGCAAGUGGUGUUUCACAGUCCUCCCUUCACACCAAGAUUGGGCGGACGUGAAUUUCACACACGAGGGGCCGCUGAGGUGUGAAGGUAACAAAGGAGCAUGUGACCAGAAGACACAACCUAGCCGUGGGAGAUGCACGCAAUGGUUUACUAAUCUUGGAAGAAGCCCACAUGGUACUCCAAAUAGCCCAACCUACACGAAUUGAUUCCUUGAUGGAACUUAUAAAAAACAAAAAGGACAAGGAUGAAGACGACCCUAAGAAAAAUAAUGGAAAAGAUACUGAGCAAAGUCAGAAUCAGAGAGACAAAGGGGAAGGUAGCAAGUGAAAAUUUAACUACCUUCAUAGACCUUUUUUCAUUCAGGGAUGAUAUAUCAGAGUAAUAAAACUUUCAUGUGUAAACUUUAUACGAUUGCUACGGUGAAAGUGCGUGUGAAAGUGUGGAUGAGUAUGCAUAGAGAUACCAGUCAUCAGACAGCUAAGAGGGAAUGCUGGUGUGCCUUCAGGAGAAAAGUUUCAAAGGUAACAGAUUCAUUGCCAUACAGACAUGUGAUAAUCUACCUUGAAUGUUAUUCUUCAUGAAUGUCUGAUAAAUGUUGGUUUAUGGGUAUAAUUGAAUUGUAUGAAAAGAAAAUUUAUCAUAUAUAGUACCUCAUUAAAAUUGUCAUGUUUUACUAGAUUUGGUGUUUAUGUAUAAUCAAUUUGACCAGAUAGCAAUACAGUUUCUUGUAUAAUUGUAUGACUAAUAUUUAUUGAAAAAUAAUGUUAUAAUUAAAUUGGUCCAAUUUUUUUUUUAUCAGAGGAAAUAUUUUAUUCUUCUUAUAAAUGUCUUAUCAAGGUGAAGUUAACAAUGGCAUGAAAGAACAAACAAAUAUUUAGCUAUUUUGCUGCUACAGCAUACCCAUUGAUUCAUGUGUAGAAGUGACUUUCCCUUCCUCACUACACUUGUAGAUCAAGAACCAAUUCAUUUGUGCCUGAAAUUAAAUUAAAAAACUGCA